GUUGCCGUCGACCGACAGACAGUCCCCCGUGAUACCAGUCGCGCGGACAGGUGCGCCAGCUCCGAGCACCGAUCAAAGGAACGCACGAAAAAGCAACACCGGACACGACCAGACCUCGGUCCAGCGGAGGAGGGCACACCGUGUUGUCGCGGCCAGCUGGUACGAUUACCAGGUGUCGGAUGACUCCCUCCGUACCACGCAGCAUUCCCGUAGUCGUAGAAAGGACGCGAUAUCCCGUAGGAAGGAGCGUUGCCGCGCGGCGAGCGAACCUCGUCGCGGCAUCUCAUCGGCGGCGUCGUCGGUGGUGCGCCGGCCCGCGCGUCGCGCUAAACUUCUCGCGAUUAGACCUUCCCGUGCACGUUCCUAUCUUACGUCCGUGAUGGCGGCUGUACCUGAUAUGUCGCACCUCACCCCCGAGGAGAGGAGCACCAUCGAGGAGGUUAUGAUAAGGCAGAGGCAGGAGGAGGAGAAGGAGAAUGAGAUUAUGAGACGAAAGCAGAACGAGGUGAAGGUCCUCGAGGACACGAUACGGGCCUGCUCGGAGUUGUACAAGAAGGCGGGAGUGGAGCUGCAUGCCACGUGUCACAUAUGCAUGAAAACCAAGUUCGCCGCCGGCGCCGGCCACACCUGCAACUACUGCAGCAUCCGGUGCUGCGCACGCUGCGGCGGAAAGGUCAAUCUACGGUCGAACAAGGUAAUAUGGGUGUGCAUCAUCUGCCGCAAGAAGCAAGAACUCGUGUCGAGGACCGGAGUAUGGAUGACGAACACGGCCCUCAGCACCGCGGACAACGCGAUGCUGCAACAGAUGCAGGACAUGCAGGUGGGUGGUCCUCCGGGACUCAUGGACCAAACUCAGGAUAAAAGACUGAAACUCGAGAGAGCGCACAGCGCCGCUGAGAAGGAGAAUCUGCCCUUGUUACAAAGGAGCGCGAGUCAGCUCAGAAGACAGUACUCUCAGCAAGAGCAAGUGCCAGCGCGUCCGUUGUCCACAAGCGAUAGAGUGGACAUGUCGGUGUCUCCUCACACGAGGACGUUGCCGACGCCUCAAGUAGCAUCCGCUCAUCAGUCGCAGCAGCCGCCGCGGCACCCGGACGCGUUCGACGAGGAUGACCCGAGCCUGUACAUCGGCGAGAUCGACGGUCUUUUGAAACAGCAACAAAAUUACCAACGUCAACGAAAGAUCUACCCGGACCAGAACACGGAGCUCGCGAUGACAUAUGGCCAGCCGACGGUAGAAGCUGGCCCGCCUCGAUCCCAGGUCCAUCCUCCUCAGCAACAUUCGGUGCAUCAGAUGCAGAGCGCGCGUCCCCCACAGUCCGUGGGCGGACAGGGCGCUCUUCAGCCCCAAAGGAGCUUCAGCAGCAGCGAGGAGGAGCGCAGCACGCCCGAGCCUGACGAGUCCGAGAAGGGGAAGGGGUACUACCACCAUACGGGAGGUCCGAUGUCAAUGUCCGGCGUUGGACGUAGGCACAACGGACCCCACAACGGGCACCACAACACGGGCGCGAUGACCAUCGAAUAUAAUGGUCAUCAUCCACCGCGAGAGCCGCGAAAAGAGGAGAGCAUGCUCGUCAGACGGAGUUUCCGAAGGAGCGGCGACGAGUGGCGCGGCGACAGUAGGAGGUUCACGGAGAGGAGGGGGAAAAAGACAGUGCGAUUUGACGGUGGGACCAAUGUCGGCGGCCCUCACGAGGAGUGGUCCUGGGAGGCCGAUCGACAGGGUAGCCAAGACAGCGCGACCAAAGACUCCGGGAUAGACACCUCUAGCACCUUCACGAGCAGUGAAGACAGCAACAGGGGCGACCUGCCCAAGCAUCCGUUACCCUGGCAAGUGAGCAGAGACGGCCAGAAGAUCUUUGGCCAUAUGGUGUUGCGAAAGCAGCCCGGAUCCGGAAGCAGUAAUAUACUCGGGCUGAAAGUCGUUGGCGGGAAGCUGCUCGACGAUGGCUCUAUGGGCGCAGUCAUCGAGAAGGUCAAGAAGGGUAGCACGGCCGACAUAGAAGGUCAACUGAGACCCGGUGACGAGGUGAUCAAGUGGAGCGGGAGGUCCCUUCAGGGCAAGAGCUUCCAAGAAGUUUACGACAUCAUCGCGGAGUCGAGGCAGGAUCCUCAAGUGGAGCUGGUAGUUUCGCGGAACUUCUCGUUGACGACGGGGCCGACGACGAUGCCCCCGGGCCCGACGCAGAUCGUGACGCGACGGAUGGCCGCGCAGACCCAGUGGCGUCAGAAGCACCCGGAGACGAUACCCGGGCCCCAGCAACCGCACCACAAAGAUUAUAUGCUUUUUCGCAUUCCAGGUCUUAAGAAAUGUAUUCUAUGGGAGUUAUACGACGCGAGGCGCGAGAAACCUUCGGUUUUAGUGACCUCGCCCGGCUCGCCGGAUCUGCACAGCCAGGGUCGAGCCAGACACCUUAGGCACGCCACCGGGAACGCGAACGUCGGCGGCAGCCUCCAGGUGAAGGUGGGCUUUGAUCCUGUCGGGCUCCAGCUGAUCGUCACCUUGAUCUGCGCCGUCGGGCUCAUGCCCAGGAACAACGGACAGCCCAGGAACCCUUACGCCAAGAUCUUCCUUCUUCCGGACAAGAGCGAGAAGUCGAAGAGACGGACGCGAACGGUGGCGAACACGAACGACCCGCGGUGGGACCAGACGUUCGUCUACAACGGGAUCAGGAGCACGGAGUUGAGAAAACGGGCGCUGGAGAUCACGGUCUGGGACUAUCGUAACUACGACACGAACGACUUCCUCGGCGAGGCUGUCCUAGAGCUGGGAACGUCUCGGCUGGACGAGGAGCUGGAAUGGCUCCCUCUGAUCAACCACGGGGAGCACUGGCAUGUACAUGGAUUCUAUCAGGAGCCCGAUGACGUGGUGAUAACGGUGGCGGACCGGCAUCGCAGUCCACCGUCGACGACGUCGCGGCUCAGCGACUCCGACACUUCCGACUGCGACGUCUCCAGGGAGCAAAGGAGAACAGCUGACGGUACCAGUAUAAGCAGUGUCGGCAGUUCCUCCAGGUUUCAUAAUAUGCCGUCAAAUUAUAAGCGCCACCAUUCUAGCCCCCCGCCGGAGAACGAGCUGUGCGUCGACGGGGAGCACCGGAGUCGCAGGGACAUGCUGUCGCAGGGUCGCAAACGACCCGCCCUCACCAUCCGCGAACAACCCGCCUCCAUCUCGGGCUACCAGCCCUAUCGCAAGGACGAUAUUCACCGAGGAAUGAUGAGCCACAGGUCGCAGAGUGCAGCGCCUAUGGUCGCGUCGAGCCUCCGGUACCGCGGUAGGUCUCAGAGUCCCACCGGUCAUCGCUCCCUGUCUCCGCCGGAACACAGAUCCAUGCCCUAUUCGCACAGCUACGUAUCGACCAGAUUCGCCUCGAGGUCAGCGACAGCCACUCCCACCGGCUCCCCGAAGAAACGACAGUUGCCCAUGAUCCCGGCGAUGCUCAAGGAACGGGUCGACCAGGACCUCCAAGAGAGAGUCACGUUUAUGAGGCACCAUAACAGACCGGUGCACACGUACGGCUCGAGCAUGGGAGGUUGGGAGAGACACUAUACCGGACUGUCGGACUCGGAUCUGCCCUCGGUGGGCUACGAUCCGUUGUCGUUGCAGCACGGCUAUCCUUACCGAAUUCACGGGACUCGUAAAGGACACUUGAGUCCCGAGAAAGACGUACUCGGUGAUCACGGUGACUCCGAUAUGGAGAGUAUAGCGUCCGUGACGAGUAGUGCCUUGAGUACGCAAUCGGAGCGACCACGUGCCACCAGAGGACUAAUACCGACAGUUAAAAACGUUUUAAUACCCGGUGUCAUAUCCCCUAUGCCCCUGCCCCCUAGGCGCAAUAGGCGCAGGCACAGACUUAGGGUACCCUGCAGCGAAUGUCACUGUCCGAACAACAAUCCCACCAAGCCCAGGAGCAACAACCCAAGCAAGCACAAUCCCACCCCGCAUCCCCUCGUACGGAGCAAGUCCGCAGUGGUGCGCUCGUUAUACAGAAAGAUGCGUACGCCGUUCACGAGGUCGCAGACCGUCGACGAGAACAUGCUGAGAUAUUACAGCCCGGAGACCAGCGAGUACAGCGUCUCCGAGGGUUACAUGCUCAAGCCCGAGGAGCUAACCGGUAGCUCCAAGAAACGUAUACCGGAGAUAUACGUCGAGGAUUGCCUCCAGGUCGACUUCAACGAUCGCCUCAUCGAGAAGUUCCGCGGCCGGUACUCCUCACCAUACCUGUUGUUGGACUCCGGCGCGCGUAGACGGUCGCGUAGCUGGCAGGACCGAGCGGGCCGAUCGGUCGCGAAGGUCGCUAGACACCAGUUGCUCGCGAGAGGCAUGCACGAUUUUACGGACGACACCGGCAUUAGGAACUUAGACGUUAGCUUGCGGCCGCGUAGAUCGUUCUUGUUCUCGAAGGCUAGGAGCUUCGAUUACGACGUGCUGCACGACACCUACGCGGACCGGUACGGCUUCGGAAUACGCGGGGGUCUGCUGUCGCGGCGCGCGAAGAGCUUCGAGUACGACAACAUAUCCGGGAACAUAUUCAGCGACGACAGCCUGCGCACUGCCCGAAGAAAGCUCAAGAAGAACCUGUCGAUCAGCGACGCCGGAUACGGCGACAAGAUACCGGCCCUCGGCGAUCAGAGCAAAUCGUACCUGGACUCGAACGGCGACGACAAGAUGCCGAACAGCCUGAUGGAACGGGAGAAGAACUACGAUUACAUGCUCAAGGACCACAAACCGUUCUACGGUUACGACACCGACUUCGUUUGCGGCGGCGCCCAGGUCUACAGGCCGCGUUUCGGCAAGCCGAUCGACCUGAACAGAGCGAAGGGCUACCGAUACGAUCUCGACAAUGCGUUCAGCAGCGACGAUCAGAUGGGUCUGAGGAACGUGCUCGGCAGAGAGGACCCCGCUAAAAGGAAGUACAUCGACUCGACGUUCCAGGAUCACGAUCCCACGUUCGCCAGGAACAUAUCGGAGAAACGAACGAAGAACCUGGACGACGGUAUCUGCGAUCCUACCAGCGAUCAUAUAUACUGUAGCAUCGACGAGGCGCUGUCUUCCUCGGACACGUACGGCCGAGAGGUCAGCUGCUCGCCGAUCCACGUAGCCUCCGAUCUGGACUCGUACGAGGAUCAGAGGACGAGCAGGAGCGGUCGCAGGCGAACGAAGAGCAGCGAGUCGUACCUGGAGAACGGAUACGACGGGUACGACUGGGACGUCGAGUACGACGAAGGGUUCGUGGACAGAGGGAAGAUGGACGAUUACGAUCAGAGAUUGUACAGCUACGAGGACAACGUCCAAGCAUCGAGGAUGGACGAGCAGAUGUACGACGACGACUAUUACGAUCGCAGGAGACGGAGCGGGUCGAGGAAGAAGAGAACGUCGCAGUACGUCGAGGACGAUUACCUCCAGGACGGUUAUUGCGGCUACCGGUCCGCGGACGAGUACGAUUACCAAGCGCACAGCGGUCCCGAGAGCAUGCGAGCCGAUCACUACCAAGACAACACGCUGCCUAGGCGCAGGCGAAGGCGCAGCAGACGGGAGAGCAGGGAGGCUGGCGUCUACGAGAACGUCCCGUAUCGGGACACGAGCAAGGGCACGUUGGUGGUUCCGAGCUUCUCGGAGAGCAAACGAAUGAUGCUGCAGCGCGCGGAAUCGUCGCCGGUGCUCCGCUCCGACGAGGAGCUCAGCUCCUCGGAGCGAGCGGAGAGGAUGAAACGGUUGUACCGUCGCCGAAGGAACAGUAGUUGUCCCGAGGCCAGGGAGCUUCGUUACUACGACCGGCGGAAAGACGAGGACAGAACGACGAACUUCAUCUUGGACUCGGACGAGGAGUUCGGCUCGAUGGAGACGGUCGUGUGCGCGGACUGUUUCCGACAGAAGAACGAGACCGGUAUGGUAGUUAGCGAUGGGGGUAGGUACUACGAGACCGGACGUGACGGGUACGUUGACGCGAGAUACGACUACGGUGACGGACAGAUCUGCGACCCGGAGACGUGCGAGCUAGCUAGGUCCGAGUCGUUGAGGGCGUACCGCGGUAGGCGUAAGAGUAGUUGUCCGGAGUGUCGGGAGAUCGCGAUGGCGUCCGAGCUAGGUAGGUCCGGGUCGCUGCGGAGCAGGCCGGAGGAGAGGCGGCCGUCGUUAGAGUCGCGGCACACUAGGUACCGUAGACGAAACAGCAGCUGCCCGGAGGCUAGGGAUCUCGAGCUCCUCGAGAAGAGGCAGCAACAACAGCACCAGCAAGCACAGCAAGCCCACCAGGGUCAGCAACACCAGCAGGGUAGUAAGAGGAACGUAGCGAUCAGCGACACCCUCGAGUACUACGAGUACUCGAUGGAGAGCGAGAGCCAGUGCAGCGAGAACUGCGGAUUUGGCCCGUGCGAUCCGCGUAGGCCCCGUAACCGAGCACCCCGCCCCGGUAACGCUAAUUCAAGUCUCUUUGAUUCCCAAACCGCUACCUCCGACACUGCUAAAAACUACCACCCACGGGCCGUCGAUCACCACGAUACCACCUCACGAAACACGACCAAACCACCGUCGUCGCGCGACACCACCGACGGGCCGGGCCAACACGGCGUGGCUGCCACGACGACGACGCCGGCGACGGCCUCAUCGUCAUCGCCGUCAUCGUCCCUGCGGCGGCGAUCGCGAAAAAAAACCGGCACCGACGGCUACCACGAUACCGCCGGCGACGAUAUGCGCGGCGACGACCAACCGCGGGAUCGACGAUCCUCCUCCAUGCCCGAAAACAGCGAGUACACCGUCCAGUCGGGCUCCUACGAGAAAACCUCCAGAAGCCAGGGCGCCGAGAACGAGGCCGACGAGCACGGCAAACGGAACCAGUUCACUAGAAGCCUCAGCAACACCGACGCGCCGCCAGACGAGAAAGUUGACGGUAGCUUGAGCGAUACGGCGAUCGGUUUGAACGUCGAAGACUCCUCGAGGAGGGCUCGCAAGAGCUCGCCGGGUAGCAAGAGCGGAAGCGGAAGCAGCGGCGGCGGCGGAAGCACGGCGCAGUAUCAGCCCGGACUUGGGAAGAAGAGUAACAGCACCAGUCAGCUGUCCGCCACAGAGUGCGGUAUCGGCUGGAUCUACGCCGGAAGUGGUAGCGCGGAGCCACGCGCAAGUUUAUCGAGCCGGAAACGCAACAGCACGCCGAGCACCAUACAACGAUCCGAAGAGAUUCUGCCCUAUCAGCGCUUUGAACUCGGAAAACAAUCGGGAUCGGGGGCCAGUGACACAGCCGGAAGUCUCAACUCGAUCUCGAGUUCCGAAGGAAGCUCUUGGUCCCCAAAUCUGCGAAUGGCAGGCGAAACUGACCAGAUAAGAAACUUCUUCGAAGAUCUCGGACCUGGACAGGUGGUCGGCCGACAGGUACUCGGUGCUCAGUGUCUGGGCGAGAUUCAGCUCUCGCUGAAGCAGAAGGAGGGCUACCUAGAAGUGGAGGUGAUACGUGCCAAAGAUCUGAAGCCGAAACAGGGCAGCAAAGCGAUACCAGCCUCCUACGUGAAAGUCUACCUGGUCAACGGGAAAAAGUGUAUCGCGAAAGUGAAAACGACGAUGGCGAGGAAAACGCUGGACCCGUUCUACCAGCAGUCGCUAACCUUCAGGGAAAACUGUCGGGGUUGUAUACUGCAAGUGACAGUGUGGGGCGAUUACGGCCGAUUAGAAGGGAAAAAAGUGUUCAUGGGUAUAGCGCAGAUCGUGUUGGACGAACUGAACCUCAAUGAGAUGGUGUUCGGGUGGUACAAGCUGUUCAGCAACGUGUCCCUGGUGACCGCGAGAAUGGGAAAAGUGUGAAAGGUCGUACGAGAGAGGACAUGUCUUUCUAGAAAACACCACUAGCACAUCACAUAUCAUGUACGGCAUAUCAGAUGAGCCACUAGUCUUUAUGUAGACUAGAUGUAGAACAUAGCGGCCAUGUUCCCGGAUCGCCAGAUAGCUUUAGUGAAACCGAUACAGAGGCACUCGAUGCAAGAUCGAUGCGAACUCCAACGUGGUGUGCAGUGAGAAAGGCGUGGUGCCGUACGGUGACAUAAUAAGGUGUCGGUCGCCGGGCGACACGGGACCCAGUAAACCCAGUGAAGUGGUGAAGUUCGCGCAACCAUAAGUUGGUCCGAGCUGAGAACCGCGAGCCGCUCCGAUAACCGGGGAACCUAGAACCACCGGAUCUCGCGAGACCACCGUGAGGAACGGACACGUUCGUUCAAAUCUAAGAAAACAAGAGAAAAAUGGCAAAAAAAUGGGGAUAGGGGUUAAAGGGAGGAACGGAAAAAAUUUGUACAUAAAUAAAUCUUAGGACACUCGAGCUGUGUGCCGGCAACCAGUGCACGACGAUCCAUCGACGACGAUCGACGACCAAAAUGACGUACCAAAACUCUCCGGACAAUGUCGUCGAACAUUUUAGCCAAGGGAAACCAUCGUCGUCAGCGCGUAUAUUAUUUACUGUAAAUACCAAUAACGAUUAUACAUACAUAUAUAUAUUCAUAUAUAUAUAUUACAUUAAUAAAUUCAUAUAUAUAUAUGUAUAUAUAUGAAUUCGCGAUACGUAUUGCGCGCAGGUGUUUAAAUGAACAAUUGCCUUGACCGUCGCGUUCCCGUUGCCCCGUUGCCGUUCGAGCUUCGACAAAGUUCUCGGACCCCCGUUGAUUUUUACUAGCACCCGAUCGAGACGAUCGAUCGAUCAGUCCGCGUACACGAGCCGGCGAAUUCGAGCCAUCGGAAGUCGAUCGGCAGCCGCGGCAACCGGGACGUUAUAUCGUGAAUUAGCGAAUUGUUGUUGAACGUUUAAACGUAGCCAUGUCAACUAUUUUGCGUGUGCGUGUGCGAAUACGAGGAAGAGUGAAUGAGAGAGAGGGAGAGAGGGAGAGAGAGGGGGAGAGAGAGAGAAAGAGCGAAUGAGAGAUCGAGUGCGAGAUGAAUUACGGUGAAGGAGGCGCGCUAAAACUAUAUCGACUGUCAUAUAUUGUGAUUCUGUUAGUUUUAUUUAAUUGUCGACCUCACGAGUCCGGUGUAACGCGUAAGGGGACGGGGAGCCGUGUAUACAACUCUAGGAGACCUUAAUUACUCUCGAUACUUGCACUCGACUUUAAAACGACGCUCGUUUUUUGUAACGUGAUAUAUGUAUAUACAUACGUAUAUUUCACUUGAACGAACCGCCCACAUUACUCGCAUAGAAACGAGAGAGCCCGCGGGGGUGGAGACCUCGCGGCGCGUACCACACUGCUGAAGUUAAUCCUUUAAACAAAAUGAGAAGCGAGUGCUCUCGUUCGCGAAACCUGCGAUCGGGAGAGUAUGCGUCUGAUCGAGAAUUCGUGAGAAUGUGAGACUGAGUGUGAGAGAGCGAGCGAGCGAGAAAGAGAGAGAGAGAGAGAGAGAAAACGAGAAAGAUAGAGAGAGAGAGAGAGAGAGAAAGUGUGAGAGUAACCGGCGCGCCACGUAUAUUUCACAAUCGAAUUUUAUAUCUCUUAAUUCUCAUGUUAUGUGUUCGAUCUUUGUCUGUGCAUUCGUCUGGUCACUCGUGGAACACGAUACGAUGAGCAUGCACGUGUACGCGGUUACGUCUAGCGAUUAAACACUUGAUUGAAUCGUGUACGAUAUACUAUAUUUUCUCCUUUUUUUCGUCGCUGAUUGUGCUUGCAAAACAUGCGUAACCAUGCAUUCUUCUCUUCGGGGGUAAAGAAGAACACGUGAACACACAUACACACACACAUAUACCGACACGCAUACACGCGUACACACGGAAAUACACACAGAGAGUGAGGGAGAGAGACACGUGUACACGCAAGAAGGGAAGGGACAAUGACACGAAAAAACCGUUCGAAGUUGACUGUACAUCGAAAAACAAGAAAGGGAAACACUGUUUCGCGACCAAUUUAAACCGUAGCUACGCUUCCGGAUCGUUCAAGUUUACCGCGAGACAUGCGGACGCCCUCUUUCGCAGCUGAGCAUUUAGUUCGAUCCCUCGAAAGGACCCAUCCAUUUUACAAUUUAUCGCCGGAGAAGUUGCGAAACUUUCCGCGAACGAUCCUCGUAAAGUGUACGGACCCUUUGCGCCGCUUCGCUCCUCGUUUGUUGGUCUUCAAAGGUACCCACCUGGAUAUUGAUCGACGUCACUGAAGCGAUGGACUCCAUCAUUUCUUUUUACGGGGGUGAUAAUCUGUAACGUCUUUCUUUCGCUUCGUUCGCUAUUCCGUGGCCGGAAAUAGGGCUCGAGCUUGUUGCGAUUCGUGGACGAGCUGCAGAUCGUUCGCACCUCGUCGUCCUCGCUGGAACUUAAAAAAUGGGGACGAUCUAGCGUAUAGAAAACGUUUCCGUUGAAAUUUCGAUUUCCAAUAAUUAUAGGCAUCGAUUCAAGCAAUUGUAGACAUAAAUUCCAAUAAUUGUAAGCCUGACCAGCCUACAAGAAUCACUGAAAAGAAGAAUCACUUGAAAAGAAGCCGAGAUUUUCCUGCUGCGAAAAACCGACGCCAAUGGCUCGUCCACUAAUCGCAAUCUGCUGAUCCGGCGAUCUUUCGUCGCGGUAGAUCUGCUAAAACAAUGAAAAUAUCCGACGAACACGGUGACUUAAAAUGAAACGGCGGAAUUAAUUAAUCGGCGAACGAGAAUUUUCGAUCGUAUUAAACGAAUCGGAAGAUUCUAACGGGACAAAGACGGUUUUCAAGUGACUCCGGAUCGGGAUCAGUGACUUCAGCAUCGAUAUCUUCGAGAAUCCAGUCCUUUCGCUCUGUAAAGCAUCCUCACUUUUGCUCGCCUGUGCAUCCUGCAAACGCAGCUCGCUAUUGCCACGCGAACCGUCACGAGAUGUUGCGUAACAAUCGUUCGAGAGACACGGUGAUCCGAGGCUUUGAAAAGACGAAGGAAGAAUGCGAACGGUUAUUCGAUUUACAGAACGACCAAAUACCGAACGACCUCAUUAUCUGAAUCAGAAAUCUCGCUUGCACGUUUCUCUUCGUUUCGUUUUACUUUGCGAUCAUUCCUAACACCAUCUGCUGCGAAUUUUGUUUCUCAAUAACGAAAUCAUCGUCAUCGUCAUCGUUAUCGGUGCACAAUUAAAAUUGUCGUAAUCGCUCGUAAGAUCGAGAGAUCCUUAACAAUGGAACCGUAGGCAUUCAGAAUCGAAUAAACGUAAAACAGUAGGGAAUGCGUUGCCGAUCGUUGUUACCAGACUGCGGAUCUUCGUGCAAAAUAAAAAUCGUUAACGUCGAUUGCAUAUUCUUCCAAAGUUCUCUGCGUUCUGUAUUUCACUUUCUCGUUGUUAUCGCGAACGCAUAAAAUUCGCGGUCGAAUCGAUCGCAUACAUAGAGUUCUCGUUUCAAUGUUCCGUCUACAUUCGCGCGUUCCUUUCUCGUCACGACGAUCGCUCUGUCGCUUUGAGUUUCAAAAUCGUCGCUUUGAGUUUCACAAUCGCGCGAGCCGUUCGGUAAACCGGCUGAUCGAUCGCCCAAUGAUCGCCGCGAACUGUGUAAAAAGAAAGAAAAAAGGAAAGGGGGAGAGGAGCCGGGAGGGUGGAGGGCGAUAUCUUAUCAUAUCUAUAACGCGCUUGAUUUAGAACGAAAAGCUUUUUUACUCGCGGGGAAAUGGUAUACACAGGCGAACACACACUCGCGCAACGAACCCGACGCGAAGGUUGCGUGCGCGUCGAGAGAGAAAACGAUCGCGCGAGGCGAGUCACAUACACGCGGAAAACGAACAAUUUACUUACUGUAAGAGACGAUUUCUAAGUAAAGACGAGAAAGAAAAAACCAUUUUGCAAGUGCAUGACUUAUAAUCAGUAGGCUCUUGGGACAAUGACAACGUAAUUAACCGAACACGCAGAAUAUACUCUCUGUACUAGCGGAUAACACUCGAUUUAAAAAGAGAUAAGAAAAAAAAAUGACAAAAAAAUAUAUACAAAAGACUACGAAUCAUGUAAACACGUUCAGUUUGUAAAUCCGCCGGUUACUCGCGGCCCUCGGACCCGCCGCGCGAUCUACCCGCGAUCCUGGAUCACCGGUUUCCUCGUCUUUCAGCGAUUAACCGACGUACAAUUACCACGAUGAAGAACCUCGCCGCGAUUGGUCCAAAAACUAGAGGCUCGGAUUUAUCGGGUUUCGAUCCACGUGAAGUCGAACGAUCGAUUUUGGGGCACAAAAAACGUCUGAUAGACGCGCGGGGGUCCCGCGGCCGCGACCUGUUAACGCUUAACGAUAUAAAAAAGUACCGCAUAUCCUAUACAGACGUAGGACUCUCAUAACUUUAGUAGCCGGUCUUAAGGGAUCCCAGGGACGUGAGAGUGUCGGGUUUGCUUUUUUAUACUUGUACAUCGAGGAACGAGCUGAUCAGAGCGGCUUUGCCCGGGGGAACGUCGGUGAAAUUCUCGUAGUAAGUUUCGCUAGUGAUCUUUUAGGGGAUAUCGAUACCACACACGACGAACACAGAUGCAUGAUGAUUCUACACACCGGUGAGCUGGACGACGAAAUACCGAUAGAUAGAGAGAGAGCGAGAGUGAGAGAGAGAAUGAGAGAGAGAGAGAGAGAGAUACGUUUUAUCGAGUUUAUGUUCGACGCGAGUUCUGCCUGAUUUACGCCUUAAUUUUCUUCGCGGUUCCAGCUUUCGUGUAAACAUUGUAAAUAUCGGAUUAACGUCGACGAACGAACGCGAACGAAUUUAUUUCGCACGAUCGACCCUCAUACGCUCCUCCAUUUUCUAUUUUGGAUACCGUAAAGUAUGUAAUUCGUUUCGCAUACGAUUGCGUUGCGAUUCAAGUGCACUCGCUUGGCACUCGCGCGCGGUCUAUUCUAAUUUCAACGUAUAAUCGCAGGACUCUCCGUAAUUAGCGAGACACGCGCCUGUUUUCGUUCUCGAGAAAGAAACAUAAUUUCUGUUCUACAUUGAAGGUCUUCAUGGUCAAAAGUGGCCAUUAUACAGAAUUCACUGCAACGAUGAUAUUAUAACAUUUUAUAAGUUAAUAUUGAUCAUCCCGUUUCAUUUACUCGAACAUAUUUCAUCGUCGUAUGGAGAAGUAUAACGUGCGGAAAGAAAUGUGCUUCACUGUUCUAAGAUGUGAUACUUUCCUCACAAAUGUGAAAAGUAAUUUUCUAACAUUAUAAUUAAAUCAAUAAAUAUUAAUGAAUAACA